UUCAUACUCUCUAUCUACAACUUGCACCUUAAAUUCAGAUGUACCUGUCUAUACUAAACUGUCAAUGUAAAGACAUCUUGCAAAGCAGAGUUCUGAAACUCAUUUACAAGCUCUGCGUCUCAGAUUGUACUCAUAAUUGUGUAGCGUUCCAGAUGCUAUAUAGAAUAGGUAAUUGCUUUACAGAUGCUUCAAAUUUUUAAGCUGUGUAAACUUCUAUUGAAUUAAGCAGUGAUGGCAAAGCAAAGCUUGGAUAUCUGUCCUGGGGAAAGAAAUCUUAUGCUUCCUGAAAACUUAAGAAUCAACCUCAAGGCAAACAUGAUACUAGGCAAAAACGCUACUGUACGCAGAGCCACAAUUAAGUGAGCUCUUAAAGCUUUUUGGAUAAAGACAUUUUUUCAAGUGGGUCUAAUCACAUGGCUCUAGUGGUCGCACAUUCAGAAUGGCGUUAUUGCAUAACUGCCUUUUCAAGUGAUUAGAGUUCUAUUAGCUAGUUCUUUGUUACAGAUAGAAACCUUGAGACUUAUAUGCAAGGUUAUGGAUUCCCACAGGUGUAGUCAAUUUUCUGAUGGCUUAAGGAAUACUGACAGGUUCCCUGUUGCUUUACUUCUGUUCAUGGAAUCUGUUAAGUAGUCUAAUACUGGAACCACAUAAAUCUUGGCAACUUAUCUCUCCACAGGAACAUACUACAGAAGGUAUUUGAUGAAGUCAUUUUGGUAGACAUCCUGGAUAGUGGGGACUCAACGCGUUCAGCAUUACUGAGAAGACCUGAGCUGGGUAUCACAUUAACUAAGCUUCACUGGUGGGAACUGACACAGUUUUCAAAAUGUGUUUUCAUGGAUGCAGACACAAUGGUUUUGUCAAAUAUCGAUGAGGUUUUUGAGAGAGAAGAGUUGUCUGCAGCACCAGAUCCAGGCUGGCCUGAUUGUUUUAAUUCUGGAGUUUUUGUUCACCGACCUUCCAUUGAAACAUACAAUCAGCUGUUACAGUUUGCCCCAGAGAAAGGCAGCUUUGAUGCGUGAGUGCAUAUCUAUCCAUGUUGGUCAGGCUGGUGUGCAGAUUGGCAAUGCAUGCUGGGAGUUGUAUUGUCUUGAACAUGGGAUCCAGCCUGAUGGUCACAUGCUCAGUGAUAAAACUAUCGGAGGCAGAGAUGAUUCAUUUAACACCUUCUUCAGUGAGACGGGAGCUGGUAAACGUGUUCCCAGAGCAGUGUUUGUGGACCUGGAGCCAACGGUAGUCGAUGAAGUACGUACAGGCACAUAUAGGCAGUUGUUCCACCCUGAGCAGCUCAUUACUGGGAAAGAAGAUGCAGCUAAUAAUUAUGCCAGAGGCCAUUACACCAUUGGAAAACAGAUUGUUGAUCUAGUGUUAGACCGCACGCGCAAAGUGGCUGAUCUGUGCACUGGGCUGCAAGGUUUCCUUAUCUUUCACAGUUUUGGAGGAGGCACUGGUUCAGGGUUUACCUCUCUGCUCAUGGAAAGGCUCUCUGUUGACUAUGGCAAAAAAUCUAAACUAGAAUUUGCAAUUUAUCCAGCACCACAGGUUUCUACUGCUGUAGUGGAACCUUACAAUUCAAUUUUAACUACACAUGCAACACUGGAGCAUUCAGACUGCGCAUUCAUGGUAGAUAAUGAAGCCGCUUAUGAUAUAUGUCGUUGCAACCUGGACAUAGAACGUCCCACUUAUACCAAUUUAAAUCGGCUAAUUGGGCCGAUUGUUUCAUCCAUCACAGCUUCACUACGUUUUGAUGGAGCCCUUAAUGUAGAUCUGACAGAAUUUCAAACUAACCUUGUUCCGUACCCACGAAUCCAUUUCCCCUUGAUAACAUAUGCCCCUAUCAUCUCUGCUGAAAAAGCCUGCCAUGAGCAGUUAUCCGUGGCUGAAAUUACCAAUGCUUGCUUUGAACCAGCCAACCAGAUGGUAAAAUGUGACCCAAGUCAUGGUAAAUACAUGGCCUGCUGUAUGUUAUACAGAGGUGAUGUUGUCCCUAAAGAUGUUAACGCAGCCAUCGCUACUAUCAAGACUAAACGUACCGUUCAGUUUGUGGAUUGGUGCCCAACUGGAUUCAAGGUGGGCAUUAACUACCAGCCUCCGACUGUGGUGCCAGGUGGCGACCUUGCAAAGGUGCAGAGAGCUGUAUGUAUGCUGACUAAUACCACUGCCAUUGCUGAAGCAUGGGCUCGUCUCAACCGUAAAUUCGAUUUGAUGUAUGCCAAACGUGCCUUUGUACAUUGGUAUGUUGGGGAAGGAAUGGAGGAAGGAGAAUUUUCCGAAGCCCGGAAAGAUCUGGCUGCCCUUGAAAAAGAUUAUGAAGAAGUUGGGAUAGACUCUGUAGAAGCAGAGGAUGAAGAGGAGGAUUUCUACUGAAAAUGCUGAAGUAAUAAGAAGUGUGUUCUGUAACAGCAACAAAUGAAUUGCAGAAUCCUGUUCGCUUGCUUGCUUGUUUUCAGAUGCAGUUUUAAAUGUUGUACUGUUCAUUUUUUUCUUUGUUACUGUUUACACGCACAGUUGCUGCGUAAGAACUGUUUGAAAUUACAGUUUUUGGUAGCAUCUAGUGUUGCACAACUUAAAGAUUAAAUUACAAACUUGUGUACGUGUCUGUAACACUGUAUUUAUCUAUUUAUCUAUUUAUCAGUUUAUCUAACUGUAGUAAGGGUAAGUGCCAUUACACUUUUGGUCUGAACUAGAAUAUUUGCUAAAAGCACCAAACUUGCUACUUAAAAAAAUAAAAUUAAAAAAAAAAAAAUGGGGAGACUCAGCAGACAAAAGGUAAAAUUUU